CUACAGUCUUCCCGUGAUGUCCGGCUUGAAGAAGGGUUCUCGGUCGAUUCCAAGUACGAAGGCAACGGAGGGAAGCAGAUGCCGGAAGCCCGCCUUCCACGAGCUUUUCAAACAUAGAAAGAGCGGGAGAGAGAAAGAGAUGAACCCAUCGACACGCGGCGACGGCAAUGGCGGUGAGGGUAAAGGCGAAGGCGAAGGAGAUGGAGGGAAUCGGGUAGCAGAGAUCGUGGUGCCGGCGGAUCGCUUGGAGAAGCAUGCGGUCUUCAACCUCUUGAAAGAAAUAAUCGGCUUCCUCCUCUACGUCCAUCACCAGAUCCCUUCGGUUUUGCAGCAUAUGGAAAUGGAGUUUGAGGAACUCCAAACUGAAUGCAAAAGCCUGGAGGAUUCAGUCUCCACGAAGGGGGAAACAAGAACAUCUUUGAACAGAAAGCAUUAUGGGAAACUAAGAGAGGUGAAACGGGGAAUCAGGAGGUGGGAGAAGUUGAUGAACAGUGUAAACAGCCUAUUGUCUGCACUUCAGCUCUGGCUUGAUGAAAUUCUUGAAGUCCAUGAAGUGAUCCUUAUUCUGGGAGCAAGUCCUCUUAGGCCUUUGCAUGUCUACAAGAUGUGCUUUUCACAUGGAAAACUUGCCUGUGGAGGAGGUACAGAUUGUAAAGGUGUUGAUAAAAGUAGAAAACUUGCUGAUAUUCUUUCCAGAAAGGCAAUUCGGGCACUGGUUGCAGUUGGUGCAGGUGGCAUUUCUUAUUCAGGUCCAAUGAAAUUUUUCGUUCUAGUCAAAGCCCCAGUUUCUGUCAGUAUGCCUCUCCAGUUUCUUCCACGACGUGACUUUAAGUACAGCAAAAAGAUUCUACCUUUUAGAUUAAAUAUUAAACAUGGGACACGGAAUCAGUAUGUGGAUGCCUCGGAGCAGCUAUCCGAAACCGCCUUCUCAGCAGAUGCAUUAGAUGACCCGAAUGAAAUGAUCUGGUUCCAGUGCAAACAUACCGUCAAGGGGGUGGAUUGUGGCAUGUCCAUGAUUGAUGCAUGAAGAGCUAUAAGGAAAAAAUUGGCCGUCUUGCCACCAAGUAGCUUUCCUUUGAUGCCUCUAGCGGGUGGCAUCUGUGAUUACUAGACCAUCCAGGCAAGGACUCUCUUUGCAAGUACCUUCUGCAUAUCUGAACUUGGAUAGGUUGCAAUAGCACUAAAUUCACGUAUGUUGAACAACUGGGGCGUUGUAACAGCAAACUUCAGUUGUCUUUCUGCUUUCCACCAAGCUUGUAUAGACAGUAGACUGCAGUAAAUGGGCAUGAAAAGGUUAAAAAUAUGACUAAUUUGAAGUGAAACAUGUGCAAUUGAUGUUGAUCCGAUCGCCAUUCUUUCACAGUGAAGGAGUAUUCCAUGAAUUGGAUCUUGUACACUUGAUUCAUAUGGUUUCAUAAAUAGGUGUUUUGGAUUGUGUUGUUUCA